AUGAAAUGGUCAUUUCUCUGGUUCAGCCUCAGCCUCGUUGCUUUUCAUUGGGCCACUUUUGGAGCCUGCGCACAGCAUCCGCCGGAUGAGGCACAAAUAUGUGAUUCUGCUCUACACCUACCUCUUACCGUAUACGAAACACACAUCAACUUCCUCACAAUAUCUCACAGAGUCUCAAAUCCAUCGUCGCAUUUAGAACGGCAUGAAAAAGAGAGGUCAGCUCUACUAUCUCGGCUUCGGAGCGGUAAGAAUGACGUCCGAAGCAAGAAGAGACCACGAUAUUUCAUGUUGAAAGCACUGUACGGACUUCAAAGGUACGAAGAAACAAAUCAGGGAGAAUUAAAGAGGCUGCAAAGCCUGUAUGAAAGCAUUUCCAAAGUACAGAGAAAAUUCAUCGAGUCAAAAUUGAACUAUACAACCAAGUUUGACAAAUGCAAAAGUCUGUUCUCCUCCAAUAAUCAGCUGGUGAGAAGCAUUGUAGAGAAUGCUUUUCGGUACUACGAAAUCAGCAAUGACGAGCUCGAUUCUUUUGCUUCCUCAGUCGAAAAGACUGAAAAGCCCGACAGGAUCAGUAUUUCUCAGGCUCUCAAACAUGUUGUGCGCGACUGGUCGCAGGAUGGGUACCAUGAGUGGAUCGAGUCGUACCGGUGCAUCAUCGAGACACUCAAAAUCUUCUUCCCUGACCAUGCCCCUACCGGGACUGCGAGGCUUGCCAAAAGCCCUCUAAAGAUCCUCCUCCCCGGUUCCGGGCUCAAUCGCCUUGCUCAUGAAAUUUCUAAAAUUGGUCGAAACAGCUUUGAAGUCACAGCCAACGAGUUCUCACCGUAUAUGAAUAUCGUAUACCGGUACCUGACAACCAUUACCACUCCGUCAUCUCUAUAUUUGUAUCCAUAUCUCGACAAUUGGUCGCACCAGCCUUCACUCUCCGAGCAGCAACGAGGUGUACACUUUCCUGAUACGCUCCCAUCUAUGUCCGACGUCCUACUUGUCGAAGGCGAUUUUACGCACGUCUUUUCGGGGUCUGAAUGGGCAGCGAGCCAGGACGUGCUGAUCACACAUUUCUUUCUCGACACCGCACGCAAUGUACUAUCGUAUGUCAACACGAUACGCCGAGUCUUGAAGCCCGGAGGUGUCUGGAUUAAUUUCGGCCCAUUGCUCUGGAGUUAUAAUACUCAAUUAAAGCUGUCCCUUGAAGAAAUCGUGACCAUAAGCGAGGCUGUCGGCUUUGAUUUCCUCGAGACGAACGACAGUUUCGGUCCCAAAACACUAGGACAUUUGCCUGUAAGAAGCAUUCAUGCGCCGUACGGUUUCAAUCAAAGGGCUUUGACGGAGAAUGCUUACAAAGCUCAAUUUUGGGUGGCGCAAAAGAAGACCUGGUCCUGA